CUAUGGCGGCAGUAAAAGGGCCCACUCACUGCCAGAGAAAGGAACGAGAACUAGAGGCGAAGGAAACAUACACAGGAAAGAAAUCGGUUGAACGUGGCUAUGGGCUGAGUGCUAGGCUUGCAAGCGGCCACCGUGUUGCCUGUGUCGUGGCCUUCUCCUUCCCAGUCUCUCGCCUUCCGUCUCUCGGUCAGACUCCAUAAAUUGCUCGUCCGCCUCUCCCCCACGAUAUCUCUGGCUCCCGUCAUUGCUAAACUCCCCAAUCAAUCAUCAACAAGCAGUCUUAGCCUGACUGUCUGGGAUAGGGUGACGCCCACAAACGGUCAAUUCAAUCUUAGGAUGUCGUGGCGGAGAGCCAGUGACGAGGAAAAAAUUAGUAGUAGCAGGAGGUGAUUGAAUGUGGUAAUCUGCGGUGAGUGACCGAGGAUUGGAGGCUGGUGGAGCGGUUGGAGCGAUCAUUCGCGGGGAGAGUGGUGAAGGAAUGGCUAGAUUGAGUGCGCGUUGCUUGAGUCUGAUUGAUAGUGGGGGCAGCAGGGACUCGCACUCAACUCGAGUGUAAAUGUUUACUGAUGUGUUUCUCCCAGACUCCACUGUUUGCAUCCUCCCAAGUUGUCGCUCAGUUGUCAUCAGGGGGCGUUGCCGGCGUCGGUGAGGCGCGCGGGGGGCGGUCGUGGUCGUCUCUGACACAGGGGAGAACAGAUACUCUACCGAAUUGAGCUAAUGCGCUCAGUAAUUGCUCACAAUCAGUCGGACAACUGCGCUCUCUCGGGUUUUGCGAAUUCCGUGGAGCAAUAAGACGGGUUUUCAAUGAGCAUUGUGAUGAUUCAGUAGGAGCUAAAGGCUGGGAUUGGGUAGAAUACCUCAUUCUGGAUGUGAGCCAAGAAGGGAGUUGAAUUCUGCAUCGUCGAAUUCGUGCUUACUUGUGUGCUACUCAUGAUCGCCAUCAUCGGGGAAGGUCAGAAGGUGGCGGUUGAGUCCAAUUCAAGAUGUGGGACAUCAGUAUCGUGCUUGGGAGGAAGUUGUCGGGGAGAGAUUGCAGUUCAAAUCGUGGCUUCAGGAGAUCAUUUCUUCACGAACUCAUCGUCAGGAGAUGAUGUGGUCAGCGCAACAUCUUCAUUCCUGGGUACUCCUCGACUACCCCUGUACGACUCCUUCAGGUCAAGCCUAAAUAAUCAGUGUCGCUUUUCCUUUAAGAGAACUCGACUUGGAGUUAGCUCUUCGGUGAACCGACACAAGCGUCGGAAAAUUGAAUUGGAAGAGAAGUCGGUGGGAUUAACUUCUUCUGUUCACGAUAUCGAAGUGAAGGUUCCGGGUCUCAACAUCCAGGAUUUACAUGAUUAUAAGAAGACGGCGCAGCAGAGUUCUGUAUCUGAAGUUGUAGAUAAUGAGCUGACACAUAUAUGUCCUCCGGAAGGCAGCAAAGAUUCAGAAGGUACCACCGAGCAGGGGAAGGAAUCCAAGUCUCUUAUGCUUCCCGGGACCAGUCCUCUGUACGGGGACAUCAAACACGAGGAGGGUCUCCUCACUAGGCCGGCUUCAUUGCCGAAUUUGCCUCAUGAAGAGUUAAGGAUAACACGGUCUUCCUCCGAACUUUCUCACGAAGCACAAUCUGCAAAGGAUAUCAGUAGAUACAUACCUUUACAUGAUGAAGGCAACGAUGCAGUCAUGUCGAGUGCUUCAAAUCCUGACGCGUCCAUGUUUCCAUUGAAUUGUGGCUGCAAUAAGGAGGAACCGGAUGACGUGCCGAGUGAAGUGCAUCAUGGGGAGGCCCGUGGAAGUUCGUGGGAGUUCAAAGUCGUCGCAUCGAUCAAAACCCAAAAUCAGAAUUUAACAUCCACGGAUAUCAUAGGCACUAUUGCAUUUGAGAAAACACAUGAGUACUUCGCGACUGGUGGAAUCGCCCGGAAAAUUCGUGUCUAUGCUUAUUCACCACUUGUGUCAGGGCUCAGUUCAGCUGAUGAAGAUGAAGACGAUGACGAAGAGGAAUCUGUGGAGUAUUUGAAGCAGCGACGGCUUCGAAAAUGGCGAGCUUCGGCAAUUGACAUCGACCAUGCGCGGUGCUGUGUUCAGGAGGUUUGUACUCCUGCGAAGCUGAGCAGCUUGCAAUGGCAUCAGGAAAGGCCUAAUGUCAUCGCUUGCGGCGAUUAUGACGGUGUUGUUGCCGAGUGGGACGUGGAAAGAAUGUGCGCCAUUUGUGAGAGGGAUGAGAACGGCGGCCAGAGAAUAUGGAGCAUAGACUACAGCAAGGAUUUUCCCGACCUCAUCGCCUCUGCUUCCGAUGACGGAACGGUUCGCAUGUGGGACCAAAGCUCAGAACAGAGUGUGGCAAUUAUUUUCCAUUCAACCUUCAGCCCUAUCUGCUGCGCCGAAUUCGGUCCGGCAUCGUCCUCGCUCAUUGCCCUGGCUUCCGCAGACAGCAAUGUGUAUCUCUACGACACCCGGUGGCUGUCAACCCCGCUUCUAACACUGGCUCACCACAAGCGCGCAACUAGCUACGUUAGAUUCUUGGAUAGCCACAGGUUGGUGUCUUCCUCCAUCGACAGCUCUGUGAAGCUCUGGGACGUGCAAUCCAUGAGCUGCUCAUCCUGCAGAACUGCUCCCGUCGCUUCCCAACGUUGUAAUGCGCCCGUCAAGUCGUUUGACAGCCACUAUAAUGUGCGGAACUUCACGGGGUUGUCUGUCAGAGGCGAAGACGGGCUCAUCGCCUGUGGCUCGGAAACCAAUCAAGCUUUCGUGUACGAUAGCCAGAAGUGUAGUCCCAUCUUAUCACACAGCUUUGAUUAUUACAAUCCGGCUGUGUUGCGCCUGAACACUAUUGGGAGCUCCUGGAGUGCCGACCGACUGGUUUCGAAGGGGAAUUCGGAAUUUUCUGAAGAUGACUCGUCAAAUAGCCUCAUCGUAAGCGCGGUCUGUUGGAGAGCGAAGCCGGACGACUGUACAUUGGUAGCUGCAAAUUCCGACGGCGUUCUUAGGUUGCUGUCCGGAAACCGCUGCUGAUUCACCCAUCGCCGUUUCCAUUUUGGUAUGUUCAGGAUGCAUCAGACGAUGUAGACUACAGCGUGCGUGUGGUACGUAGUGGUGAAUAGUAGACAACCGACAUGGAAACUCCACAUUGGAGCCGUUCCUGUCCGAGAUAAUUUGUCACAGAUGUUGCAACGAGAUGUAGGAAUUUGGACGAAUGUCUGAUCAAGUAAUGGGGGCCGCUGCCCUUGCGGAGGCAUCAUCUGGGAGUUACAUUCGAGUUUCUUUGCAUAUCAUUGUCCAAUAAACUGUGGACUCACUCUUUCUUCA